UUGUAGGGGGCACAAGUGGCCUCCUGGCAAGGCUAGGGAUAUCCUAUGUUUUGAUUUUGGUGACAGUUGCACAAGUGUCUACAGAUGUUAACCUUUAUUGAGCUGUACCUUUGAGAGUCAUCCAUUCAUUGUAUGUAUGUGUCAAUUUUUAAAAAGUUGUCUACAUUUGCUCUCUCCAGUUCUUUACCUCUCACUCUCUCUACUACUCACUACAGUCAAGAUUGUUCCUCUUUCCGUGAAACUGCCCUUUUCAGGGUCCUCAGAGAUCUGCAGGCUGCAGAAGUCAGUUCAUUCUUCACGCUCACCUCCUUGGCAGCGUUUGACACUUGCUCCCUGUGGCACCUUAAGUGCCCACACUCUCUAUUUCCUCCCACCUCUCUGGCUUCUCCUGUUUAGCUCCUUUGCUGGUUCUGCUUCAUCUUCCUUGCCUCCACCCAGCGGGGUGUUCCAGGGCUCAAUCCGGACUUCUGCCCUCCCCUGUCUAAACUCUCGCAUCACAUCAGAGCACAUGGCCUUAAGUACCAUGCACUCGUUCUGCCUCCCAGAUCUAAAGCUUCAGUGUGAUCUCUCUCCUAAACUCCAGAGACACACAUCCAGUGGCUGACCUUGCAUCUCCCCUGGAGGUCUGACAGGCAUCUCAGGGGUCACAUGUCCACCAAUGACCAUUUGAUUUCCCUCCCCAAACCCAUUCUUCUCCAGUCUAUCCUGAUUCAGUUCAUGACAAUCUCAUCCAACUAGAUGUUCAGGCCAGACAUUUAGGAGUCAUGUUUGAUGCUCUCUUUCCCUAUUCAUAUUCAUGCAUCAGGAAGGCUUGAUUGUAUCUCCAAAGUGACCCCCUUCUGUGCACCAACCCCACCGAGGCCCAGGCCCUCCCCUCCAGUGCUGAAUGAGGACAGGAGUCUCCACCUUGAUUACAGAGUGGUUCUCCCAGAGUAGCUGGGAUUAUCUAAACAGCUGCCAGCCCAGGUUAUUCCCUGCUCAACAGCCCUCAGUGCUUCCCAUCACACCAAGAACAAAACCCCAUAUUCCUUUCUCAGGCUGCUAGGCUUCUGGUUUUGCUGACUUCUUCACUUCUGCAACGACCACCAUCAUAGACCCCUUGGACCUCUUUAUGUUAAGCCCUGUGCUGCUCCUGGACUCUCAGGGUCUUUAACUGGCUGAUCCCUCUGCCUAGAAUGCCCCUUCUUGAUCUCCCCAUGGUGGCUCAUCCAGAUCCCAUACAGGAUGCCACCUCCUCUAAGAGCCCUAUCUCCCAAGCUAGCCGGUUGCCCUCAUUCUCCAGUAUGUUUCGGUCUACUGACUCGUCUGUCUCCAGUGAGACAGUAUCCUUGAACCUAGCCUGCAAUCAUGGAGCGCCUCAGGAAACAGGCUCUGACCAUUCCCGCCAGAAAGCGCCGCCCCUACCCCCUGCACGGACUCUGUCUGCACUUGAUGCCAAGCGGAGAGGAUGCAGCUAUUGCCGCAGGAAUUGCGGCUAGCCGCGCGCUCCCCACUAGAGGGCGGCCGGGCCCAGCUUGGCCCAGACGCGGGGCGAAGUGGAUGCAGGCUGGGCCUUGGCUGAGGCCCCACCCCCGUGCUGCCGCGUUGUCCCGCGCUCCCGGAGUCCGCAGAGGGGCCGAACCCUCCCAGCACUUCCAGGGAUUGUCCAGGCACGCUCCAAGAGCGGAUCCAGUGGGUCCAGCCCAGAGUGGGCCACAGCACUACCUGCCCGACGACUGGAGAUGCUCUGCCGGCACAUGGGCGCAGCCGGGAUACCCGCGCGCCCACGGGGCCGCUGCGGGAGGGACCGCAGUUCUAUCUUGGGAAAAAUGCGAAAGCUGAAGCUACCGCGAGGAAGCGACUUGCGAGGAAGCGACUUGUUCUGGGUCACGCAGUGAACCCGGAGUCAGCUCAACCGCCCGGGGCGUCCGGGAGUCCCGGGGGGGAGGGGGGGCUGCCGCCAGGCUUUCCAUAGCUGGAGCUUAGCGGGUAGUGGGCGUGGGGAUGGCCCACCCAGCCGAGGGGCGGGGCCACUUCAGUCCCCUCUGGGCCCCAUUGGCUGCGGCGCCAGGGGCGGGGCGCGGCUGCCAGAUGUUGGGGCGGCGGCGGCGGCGGGACCUACGGAGAGCGAGGAGCCGCGGAACCAGGCAGAGGGCGAGGGCGCCGCUGGCGGGCCUGCCCGGCCCUCUCCGCACCGUUCCCGCUGGAGUUAGCAGAGGAACUGGCAGGUCUGGCGGGAGCUCCGGCACGGGCAUGCACAGCACUCGGCUUGACAGCUUCCUGGGCCAGCUCCGCUGGGAACUGCUGUGUGGCCGGGACACAGGCUCACCCCCAAUGCCUGGCCCCCUUCCGCCACCCCCCAAACCUGGCCCAGUGGUCCGGCUCAGCCACCGGCUCAGGACCUCAGAUGCCUUGGAAGAGGACUCUGCCUGCUGUGUGGAGGAAGAGGAGGAAGAAGGUGUGGUGACAGGAGACAGGGGUGUAGCCUUAGGGGGCCCCAAGGAGCAUACCCUGGACUGGGACUCUGGCUUCUCUGAGGUGUCAGGCAGCACAUGGAGAGAGGAGGAGCUACCCGUACUCCGGCAUCCAGCACCCCCAGUAUGGCGCCCCCAUAGACAACGCCUCUCAGCCAGUGGCAUCCCCCUGUCCAGCGGGACCCCUGUGGCCAGUGCACCACCUGCCCAACGACCACGGCCCAAGUCCACCCCAGAUGCCUGCCUGGAGCACUGGCGGGGACUAGAAACUGAGGACUGGACAGCAGCCCUGCUGAGCAGAGGUCGCAGUCGCCAGCCCCUGGUGCUGGGAGACAAUUGCUUUGCUGACUUGGUGCACAACUGGAUGGAGCUGCCUGAGGCAGCAGGCGAGGGAGACGAUGGGGGUGGACCUCGUGCCCGUGCUCGGCCCCCCCAGUUUCUGCUUGGCCUCUCCGAGCAGCUGCGGCGCCAGCUGGCCAGGGCCCGCCGGGCAGCCAUGGCAGGAAAGCGACUGUCAUGCCCACCUCGCCCGGAACCCGAACUGCCUACAGAUGUAUCACGCUUUGCAGCCCUCAUGAGCUGCCGCAGCCGCCAACCCAUCAUCUGCAAUGAUGUUGUCAGCUACCUCUGACCCUGCCCUCCAGCCUGGGACAAUAAAGGCCUUUCUCUGGA